AUGAGUGUUAUUGCCUCCUCUUGCUUCCCUUUCUUUAUUUUUUCUUCCUUUCUUUCUUUCUUUCUUUGUUUCUUCCUUCCUUUCUUUGUUUGUUUCUUUCUUUCUUUCUUCCUUCGUUCUUUCCUACCUUCGGUCCUUUCUUUCUUCCUUUCGUUCUUCCUUCCUUCUUUCCUUAUUUACUUCCUUCCUUCCUUCCUUUCUUUCUUUCUUUCUUUCUUUCUUUCUUUCUUCAUUCAUUCCUUUCUUUCUUUCUUCCUUCCUUUUUUCCUUCCUUCCUUCCUUCAUUCAUUCAUUCAUUCCUUCAUUCCUUCCUUUCUUUAUUUCGUUCUUCCUCCCUUCCUUCCUUCCUUCCUUCCUUCCUUCCUUUCUUUUCUUUCUUUCUUCCUUUCUUUCUUUCUUUCUUUCUUCCUUUCUUCCUUCCUUCCUUCCUUUCUUUCUUUUCUUUCUUCCUUCCUUUCUUUCUUUCUUUCUUUCUUUCUUUCUUUCUUUCUUUCUUCCUUCCUUCCUUCAUUCCUUUCUUUCUUUCUUUUUUCUUUCUUUCUUCCUUCAUUCAUUCAUUCAUUCAUUCCUUCCUUCAUCCCUUUCUUUCUUUCUUUCUUUCUUUCUUUAUUUCGUUCUUCCUUCCUUUCUUUUUUCUUUCUUUCUUUCUUUCUUUCUUCCUUCCUUUCUUCUUUCCUUCCUUCCUUCCUUCCUUUCUUUCUUUCUUUCUUUCUUUCUUUCUUCCUUCCUUCAUUCAUUCAUUCCUUCCUUCAUUCCUUUCUUUCUUUCUUUCUUUCUUCCUUCCUUCCUUCCUUUCUUUCUUCUUCUUUUUUCUUUCUUCUUCCUUUCUUUCGUUCUUCCUUCCUUGCUUCCUUUCUUUCUUCUUACUUUCUUUCUUUCUUUCUUACUUCAUUCAUUCAUUCAUUCAUUCUUUCCUUCCUUUUCCUUCUUUCUUUCUUUCUUUCUUUCUUCCUUCCUUCCUUCCUUCCUUCCUUCCUUCUUCUUUUUCUUUCUUCUUCCUUUCUUUCGUUCUUCCUUCUUUCCUUUCUUUCUUUCUUCUUACUUUCUUUCUUUCUUUCUUUCUUUCUUCAUUCAUUCAUUCAUUCAUUCAUUCAUUCAUUCAUUCCUUUCUUUCUUUCUUUGUCCUAA